AGAGAAACAGAAAAGCAAAGAAAAAAAAUGCAAUCGGCGAAACAGAAGAUAAGCGAUAUGGCUAGUACAGCCAAAGAGAAGAUGGUUAUAUGUCAAGCAAAAGCUGAUGAGAAGGCGGAGCAGGCGAUGGCGAGGACGAAAGAGGAGAAAGAGAUAGCGCACCAGCGGAGAAAGGCGAAGGAAGCAGAAGCGAAGAUGAAUAUGCAUAUGGCUAAAGCGGCUCAUGCGGAAGACAAGCUAAUGACUAAGCAAUCUCAUUACCAUGUUGGUCAUGGUCCACAUGUGCUUCAACACGGUCCUAUACCGGCUCCAGCGCCGGUCAUGGGGCAUGGUUACGGGCAUAAUCAUACUGGAGUUACCUCGGUGCCUCCACCGGUGACCUCGGUGCCUCCACCGGUGUAUCCUCCGACGGGCCAUCAUCAGGCUUUUCCUCCCACGGGGCAUCGUAAUAAUUACGGAAACGACUUGCUCUAGUUCUUUUCUUUUGUAUUUUGAUUGUGUUGUAGUGUUCGAUAGAUUUUUGGACUGCCUUUAAUAUUAAGUAAGUUGUAUGAAAGCCGUUAAACAAAAGAAAGAAAUAAAGAAAUUAGGCGUUG